AUGGAUAUUGAUAAUUGCAUUUCACAACUACGUCGUGGUGAAUUACUACCAGAUCACACAAUACUUGAACUUUGUUUUUUCUCCAAGUCACUUCUUUCCCGUGAGCCAAACGUUUUAACUUUAAAAUCGCCAGUUACUGUAUGUGGUAACAUUCAAGGACAAUUCCAUGACCUUCUUAACAUUUUUUCACUCGGUGGCUUUCCGCCCAGCACGCAAUAUUUAUUUCUUGGAAAUUAUGUUGGCAAAGGGAUAUAUAAUGUAGAAGUUGUUUCUCUUCUUCUUUUGUUCAAAUUGAAAUAUCCCGACAAAAUUCAUCUAAUAAGAGGAAACUUUGACACAAUGAUGUUGUCACAAUUAUACGGAUUUUACGAUGAGUGUAUCAGAAAAUAUGGAUCUCCACGUGUGUGGACACUUUUCACUGACGUUUUCAAUUACCUUCCAGUCACUGCUGUAAUAAACGAGACGAUGUUUUGUGUGCACGCGGGCAUUUCACAACACUUGCGAACGAUCGACCAAAUAAGUUUUUGUAUAUCGAGAAAUUGUGAAAUAACUUCUGAGAGUCUGAUGGCCGAUUUGGUGUGGUCUGACCCCAAUGAAAAUAUUGAAUAUAUCGCUUCAAAUAAUAAAGGAGCAGGUCAUUAUUUUGGAGAGAAAUUGGUCGACAUUUUUUGUCAUGUUAAUAAUUUGAAUAUAAUAACACGAGCUCACCAAAUCCAAAUGGAAGGGUUUCAGUUUGUAUUUAACAAGAAAGUGGUGACAUUAUGGUCCGCACCUAAUUAUGGGGGAAGAUGUGGAAAUCUUGCUGCUAUAAUGAAAGUGGACGAACAUACUAACAAAGACUUUAUUGUGUUUGGAGAACUUGAAAAUAAUUGA